AUGAGCGCAGUAGCAAUUAGCGAAGUGUCAUUGAACACACACGAGAGCGGGAUAAAGCCGUACUACGACCAAAAAGUCCAGGAAACAGAGCUUAAAAUUAGGGCCAAAACUCAGAACCUGAGACGUUUGGAGGCACAAAGAAAUGCGCUCAACGACAAAGUGCGGUUUAUCAAAGAUGAGCUGCGGCUAUUGCAAGAGCCGGGAUCGUACGUUGGAGAAGUCGUGAAAGUGGUGUCAGACAAAAAAGUGCUAGUGAAGAUCCAACCAGAGGGCAAGUACAUCGUGGAUAUCGCCAAAGACAUUAAUGUGAAAGAUCUUAAAGCUUCUCAGCGGGUAUGCCUGAAAAGUGAUUCGUACGCGUUGCACAAAAUCCUGGAAAACAAAGUGGACCCUCUGGUAUCGCUCAUGAUGGUCGAAAAAGUGCCCGAUUCCACCUACGACAUGGUCGGAGGUCUUACCAAACAAAUCAAAGAGAUCAAAGAAGUGAUCGAACUUCCCGUGAAGCAUCCAGAGCUAUUUGAAAGUUUGGGUAUCGCACAACCUAAGGGUGUCAUUCUGUACGGUCCUCCUGGUACCGGUAAGACCUUGCUUGCAAGAGCCGUGGCGCAUCAUACAGACUGUAAGUUCAUCAGAGUUAGCGGUGCUGAGCUUGUACAGAAAUAUAUUGGUGAAGGUUCGCGUAUGGUGCGAGAACUGUUCAUAAUGGCCCGCGAGCACGCUCCCUCGAUCAUCUUCAUGGACGAAAUCGAUUCUAUCGGAUCCAGUCGUGUUGAGGGAAACUCUGGUGGUGACUCGGAAGUGCAAAGAACUAUGCUGGAACUGCUUAAUCAACUAGACGGAUUCGAAACGUCUAAGGAUAUCAAAAUUAUCAUGGCCACCAACAGACUCGAUAUUCUGGAUCCUGCAUUGCUCAGACCCGGGAGAAUCGAUCGUAAGAUCGAGUUCCCACCACCUACAGUGGCCGCAAGAGCCGAAAUUCUACGUAUCCACUCUCGAAAAAUGAACUUGACCAGAGGCAUCAACUUACGCAAGAUUGCUGAAAAAAUGAAUGGCUGUUCUGGUGCUGAUGUGAAGGGUGUGUGUACAGAAGCCGGGAUGUACGCCUUGCGGGAGCGUAGAAUCCAUGUCACGCAGGAGGAUUUCGAACUUGCCGUGGGUAAGGUUAUGAACAAGAAUGACGAAACGGCGAUUUCUGCAGCCAAGCUAUUCAAGUGA